AUGAACAGGACAAGUCCGGGUACCGGGAACUCUCGGUCCAAGUCGGUCUCCCCACCGAGACUUAGGGUUCCAAUAAGUGAGCCUGAAUCUGGUGGAAGUGGCCGUUUCAGUGCAACAUCGAAGGGUAAUGUGACUAUUAGAUCCGCACCUGAAUUGAAUACAAAGCCGACGUCCGAGACGGCGGCGGAAUUAGAAGAGAUGUGUAAGAAGUCCGACAUCCGGGUCAUAUCUGAUGUACAGGGAAAUAGAACCAAGGCCGCGACCGUUGGGUCUAGAAUGGUGAUGGGUAAGAAGGGUGUGCUUAGUUUUGGGCUCGUGGCGUACGACCCAAAUGCUAAACCGAACCGGAAAUGGCGCAAUAUGUGGACCGAGUUUGACCAUUUGAAUGAGGACUCGUUCUGUUUCCCCGACGUGACGAAAUUGCCCGAGUCUGGAACUCUGUUUCUCAAGGAGACGUCACGUUGCCGAAGGAUAAGGGGAAUACGACGAAGCUCUCGGGGAACUACAACCGGGGCUACCAGCGCAUCUUGUACUUUUGGAUGUUGGUAG